GCGACUGGUUCUGUUUUGCGGCGGGAGGCGGAGCCUGAGCCCGGGAAUGGGCCUGGCGUUUGAUCGUUGGACGUGGACCGAGGUUUUGGCCGGCGCUUUGGGCCUGGUGGUGUCCGCGGUUCGCGCUCCGUGUUCUGACGGUUCUCUUUCGGCGGCGACACAAAGCUGAGGAUCGCCAUGCACCGCAGGGGGGUCGGGGCCGGAGCCAUCGCCCGGAAGAAGCUCGCUGAAGCCAAGUAUAAGGAGAGAGGAACAGUGAUGGCUGAAGACCAGCUGGCCCAGAUGUCGAAACAGCUGGAAAUGUUCAAGACACAUCUGGAAGAAUUUGCCAGCAAACACAAGCAGGAGAUACGGAAAAGCUCACAGUUCCGAGUUCAGUUUCAAGACAUGUGUGCAACGAUCGGAGUGGACCCCCUUGCAUCUGGAAAAGGAUUCUGGUCAGAGAUGCUUGGUGUUGGAGACUUUUACUACGAGUUGGGGGUGCAGAUUAUUGAAGUCUGUCUGGCUCUGAAACACAGAAAUGGAGGUCUGAUCACACUGGACGAACUGCAUCAGCGCGUGCUGAAAGGAAGAGGCAAGUUUGCUCAAGACGUCAGUCAGGAUGAUCUCAUCCGAGCCAUAAAGAAGCUGAAAUCCUUGGGCAAUGGCUUUACCAUUAUCCCAGUGGGAGGCAGGUACCUGGUGCAGUCUGUUCCUGCAGAACUCAACAUGGAUCACACAGUGGUGCUCCAGAUUGCGGAGAGGAACGGAUACGUAACUGUCAGUGAAAUCAAGUCCAGCCUGAAGUGGGAGACAGAACGUGCCAACCAGGUGUUGGAACACUUGUUGAAGGAAGGCUUGGCGUGGAUUGACAAACAAGCUCCUGGGGAGCCACAGUAUUGGCUGCCUGCCCUCUUCUCUGAUCUGUACUCCCAGGAUGUGACACCAGAAGAAGCUGACGAAAGCUUGCCAUGAGGAAGAUCUUCAGAACAGAGGAUCUGUUCUGAAGAUCCAGAUAAAUUUCUGGUGUCAGUUGCGAAGAUCUCAUUGUCAGAUUGCUAUUGGUGCCACUUUCUGUACAGCGGUUUACAGAGAGGUCUCUAUUCCAAUCUUUGCCUGAGUACAUGUCCAGGGCUGGUGACAGGGUUUAGUUUUACCAGGAUGUAGAGAGGUGGGGGGAGAAGGAAAUCAACUUGUAUAUCUUUCUAAAAAAAAGAAAUGUGAAGUGUAUUGCUGAACUGCGGGCCAGCUGGAGUUUCUCUUGUGCGGAGUCUGAUACAGGAACAAGCUCGCCUUGAGGGGUAUUGAAUAAAGUCUAAAAGUAAAAUUUGUCAUUUUGCAUUAAAUAUCAAAACAUGGAACAUUACAGCACAGGCCCUUUGGCCCAUGAUGUUAGGCCAAACUUUUAACCUAGUCUGAAGAUCAAUCUAACCCUUCCCUCCCACUUAGCCUCCAUUUUCGAUUAUCUAUGUGGGUAUUGAAGAAUCUCUUAAAUGCCCUAAUGUUUCUGCCUCUACCACCACCCCUGGCAGGGUGUUCCAUGAAUUCACCACUCUCUGUAAAGAACUUACUUCUGACAUCCUCCUCUAUACUUCCUUCCAAUCACCUUAAUACUAUGCCCUCUGGUAUUAGACUCUGCUAUUGGAAAGAUUCAAAGUUUAAAUUCAAUUCAUUAUCAAAGUACGUAUACGUCACUAUAUACAACCUUCAAUUCCAUUUUCUUGUGGGUGUUCUCAAUAAAUCAAAAGAAUAAUAAGCAUAUCAGAAUCAAUGAGAGAUUGCCCAACUUGAGCAUUCAAUCAAUGUUCUGAAGACAACAAAUUGUGCAAAUAGAAAAAGAGAAAUAAUACUAAAUAAGCCUUUCAACAAGAUUCCCAACACCCGACUAUUCUUCUGAAAUCUAGUGAGUACAAACCCACAGCCAUCAAAUGCUCCUUAUACACAAACCCUUUUAUUUCCAGCAUCACUCAUAAACUUCCUCCGGACUCCAAUGCCAACACAUCUUUUGGGUUCAGGACUCAGUCCACAAGAAUGAACACACGAUUUAGUGCAAUGGCACAGUGUGCCACCUUGAGCUGUUCAAUCAGCUCACGUCCACCCUUUCAUCAGGGCAGAAAUGGUUCCAUAAAUAUAAUUUUGAUGAACAGUACAAAAUUUCCCAGUAUUUCCCUUUCAACCACCAUCUCGAAAACAGACUGGAGCAUCAUCAGUUGGUGGAGAGUUACUGUGUGGAAAAUAGCUGACCUUUCCUGCAGCACUUGCGUCUCCACUCAGUGGCCACGUUUCAUUAAGACCAUAAGACAUAGGAGCAGAAUUCAGCCAUUUGGUCUAUUGAGUCUGCUCCGCCAUUUCAUCAUGGCUGAUCGAUUUCCUUCUCAGCCCCAAUCUCCAGCUUUCAUGCCCUGACUCAUCAAGAAUCUAUCAACCUCUGCCUUAAAUAUACCCAGUGACUUGGCCUCCACAGCCGCCAGUAGCAACAAAUUCCACAGAUUCUCCACUCUGGCUAAAGAAAUUCCUCCUCAUCAUUCUAAAUGGAUGUCCCUCUAUCCUGGGCUGUCCCCUCUGGUCCUAGACUCCCCCACUAUAGGAAACAUCCUCUCCACAUCCACUCUAUCUGUGUCCUCUGGUCCUAGACACCCCCAAUAUAGGAAACAUCCACUCUGUCUGUGCCCUCUGGUCCUAGACUGUCCCACUAUAGGAAACAUCCUCUCCACAUCCACUCUAUCUGUGCCCUCUGGUCCUAGACUCCCCCACUAUAGGAAACAUCCUCUUCACAUUUACUCUCUCCGUGCAAAUAUCUAAUCAGCCAAUCAUGUUAUAGCAACUCAAUGCAUAAAAGUAUGCAGACAUGGUCAAGAGGUUCAGUUGUUGCUCAGUCCAAGGAUCAGAAUGGGAAGGAAUGUGAUCUAGGUGACUUUGACCGUGGAAUGAUUGUUGGUGCCAGAUGGGGUGGUUUGAGUAUCUCAGAAACUGCUGAUCUCAGGGAAUUUUCACACACAACAGUCUUCUCUCUUUUUCCAAUCUUUUUAUUGAUUUUUAAAAAAAAAUGUACAAACCGGAGGAGAGUAUCUCUGGUAUAUAUGUCAAUAGCAGUAUAUAUAGAAGGUAAAAUAAGCAAUGUCAGAAUCACAGAUAGUGUUGAUCUACAAAGUAUAAAUUUGAUAUAGAACGUAUAAUUCUCCUCUUAUCAAUUUAUGAAGAAAGGAAGAACUAUUAGAAAUUUUUAUAAAAGAAAAAAAACACUUCUAAACAGAAAAAAAAGAACUGGGCAGUCCAUCCUGAGAGAAAAACCAAGAGAAGAGAAACUCUCGAACGAAAAACAAAAAUCAUCCAGUGAGCGACAGUUUUGUAGGUGAAAAAACGCCUUGUUAAUGAGAGAGAUCAGAGGAGAACAUCCAGAUUGGUUCAAGCCUACAGUCAGGUAAAAGUAACUCAUAUAACCAUGUGUUACAACAGUUAUGUGCAGAAAAGCAUCUCUGAAUGCACAACCUGUCGAAUCUUGAAGUGGCUGGGCAACAGCAGCAGAAAACCACACCGGGUUCCUCUCCUGUACCUAAUAAAGUGGCCGUGUGUACUUCAAAACAAGAUGCACGCAAGUCCUUCAUUUCUGGCAAGGCAGCUGCCACGUAUUCUUAUUGGUGGAAGUUUAAGAAAGAGAAAAGAAAGAUUAGCUUUAUUGAAACAUACGAUGAAAUGCAUUGUGUCAAGGAUGAGAAUGCUAUCGGUGUCAACAUAGCAUGCCCACAACUUACUAACCCAAACAUCUUUGGAAUGUGGGAAGAAAUAGGAGAAACUCGAGUGGUCAUGGGGAGAAUGUACAACUCCUUACAGACAGUGGCAGGAAUUGUACCCUGAUUGCUGGCACUGUGGAGCAUUAUGCAAGCUACUAUGUUACUGCACCAUCCAAGUCUGUGGUAGAAAACCAGAAGGCCACCCCAAAUAAAGAAUUCUUCAGCAAUUUAAACGUCCUGAAUGGGCUGAAUGUCCUAAUUCUGCUCUAAUGUUUUAUGGUCUUCUUUAAAGUGAUGAAUCUGCUAAUGACUCAUCCUAAGCCUGAGUGACUAUUACAUCUUAAGUCAUGGAGAACUACAGCAUCUAAAUCUGUGAAUGAUAAUUAGGCACAGUCCCAUCAACUCAGCCUGGACCAUAGCCCUCUAUACCUCUCCCAUCCAUGAACCUAUCCAAAUUCCUAAAUGACAACCACAUGUACCAACUCAGUUGCUUGCUUCUCAAGUGAAAUCUAGUUUUGUGGACACAAUGGAUUCCACAAAGAGUCAUCUAAAAAAAAAGGUUUGCAAGGCAAUGGGGCAGUAAGUGGAUUGCUCUGUAAAAUGUCCAAUGUAAUGAGGGCCUGAUGAAGGGUCUUGGCCCGAAAGGUCGGCUCUUUAUUCCUCUCCAUAGAUGCUGCCCAACCUGCUGAGUUCCUCCAGCUUUUUAUUGAGAUACAGCAUGGAGUAGGCCACUUGAAGCACAACAUCCAUCAACCACCUCCCCACCCAAUUUAAUCCUAGUGUAAUCACAGGACAAUUUACAAUCACCAAUUAACCAAAGUCCAAAACUGAAACACCUGGAGAAAAUCCAUACAUGUGCCGCUCCAGAUUUCCAGAUUCUGCAGACUCUCUUAGGACAGGUGGGUGGGUUGACUACAGAGUGACUGACAAAUAGAUAACUUAGAAUAAUUUUAUGUAUAAUUUCUAUUGUGGUGUUUGUACCUACAUUAUGUGCUUGUGAUACUGCUGCAAGUUUUCUUUGUACCUGUAGCUCGCCAUACCACGCACAGGACAAUAAACGUGACCUGACUCGAAUCGAGGUCCUGUCUGAUGUGUUGGUUUGAAGUUGAACUGAAUAAUGUGAUGUAAUGAAUAAAGAAGAGUCU